UUCAUUGUUGUUGAUUGGACUUUUAUUUGCUACUUUGAAAGGAACACUUCUUCAUUCAGCAGAUUUGGUUGUGUUUGCCACAUUGGGAGACAGCAUAACUUUACCAUGCGGCGUGAGCUCUGGCUCACCAUGCUUCACUGUUUCAUGGACCAAAGGCUGGUCCUCUAAGGUUGUAAAAGAGGGACAAUAUGUGGCUCCAAACAUGACUUUGCUCGAAGACUGUUCUCUGCACAUAAGUUACAUGGAGACCUCUAGCGCCUCCAUUUACACAUGUGAUAAUGGCAAUGACAAUUCAAGUGUUGACCUUCAGUACAUCCAAAUUGCUGAAAAUAAGCACACAGGAGAGAUUGAGCUCCACUGUUACAUAAAUAAUCAUAUAGGACUUAUAAAUCCUUGCAACAAGACUGGGCUGGAAGUGUUUUGGCUCGCACAGGGCAACACACCGCUCAGAGGAGAGCGCUUUCAGAUUCAGAACAAAGGUAGCUGCUUUUCAAUACUUAAAAUUCAACCUAAGAAGACUGACCAUAACAGACAGUGGAAAUGUCAAGUUUCUCUAAACGGCUUAGCUAAAGCCGUAGCAUCUUACCAAACAACAGUGAUUGACGGCAUAGAGGAAGUGUUCUCAGCAGUGAGUGAAUCAGUAUCUCUCACUUGUACAAACUCUUCCUCUCUCAUUUUGACGGACAAAGGUCAAACAUCAACCUCUAUUUCCAAGACUGUUUCAACUACAAUAAUAACAAAUGUUAGUGCUUCAAAUUCAGGGGAGUACCAGUGUGAAGAUAAAGGACAAAACAAAACAAUUUGGCUCCAUACAGUUGACAUCAUUUCAGAGAUGGACCUGAAAGGUGAAAACGUCACACUGUCAUGUGUGCUAACCUGUGCCAGUACCACAUGUGAUAAAGACUUCAAUCUAACCUGGUCUGUAGAUGAUGCACCAUACAUGACAAGUGGUUUAUUAAAAGGAAACAGAACUCUUAUCAACAAACUGUCAGUCCCAGUGGGUCACCUGGGCUCUGGUGUGUGCUCAGUAUUUAGAGACGGUGUUCAAGUGGCAACAAAGAAAUGGCAUUAUAGCAACUCUCUACAUGGCCUUGCAUGGAUAGCUCUUCCUAUAGCCUUCUUGUGCGUUGUGGCUAUAGUGGUGUUCUACAGAAAGAGGAAGCACAACAAGAAUCAAGGUACAGUUGCUUAG